AUGUUCAAAAGUGAGUGGAGGCAGCCAUUGAAAUUGCAAUUGAUGUUACAAUUAUUGCAUCACUUCUGCGUCUUAGUUUUAGGCAAAGCAUAUAACGAGAGAACCCAGUUUUCAAUCGCUUUUUUCACCUGUCCGGAGACGUCGGAAUCAAUGAGCGCGUGAUUUAACCAAUACUACCGUCCAAUAGCCUUCCUCGUAUUUCGUGAAGGAAGUGCUUCUAAAAUCUGUUUCCACCUCUAGGAGCCUCGCUUUUGUUGAUGUGAAUAGCAAGACAGACAAGGAAGCUCUGUUAGAAGCGAUGAGUGUGUACGUGUUCGUAAUCUAGCCCUUCUUGGAGGAUCACAUGAUGACGUCUUCCGUGUCCCCCCUCAUCGCCAUAUAUUUUUCGUUUCUUUGUUGAAUCGAUUGUUUUCUCGGCGUCGCCGCCGACAGUGUUGUACUUUGACGCGUAGCGAUCGACUCUUAUCUUUUUUCGAAUUAUGUUCUCAACAAAAAUAUACAUUCUUCAGGGCGUCGCUCAGGUCAACCAAUGGAGAACGAACAACAGCAAGCUCAGACUGCUCCUGCCUGCCGUGCUGGAUGCGGAUUCUUCGGAGCAUCCGCCACGGAAGGUUACUGCUCACAGUGCUUCAAGAACACGCUGAAACGCCAACAGGAUGCAGUCAGACUCACUUCUCCUGGUGAGUUAUAUAUUCAGUUUUAAAAAAAUUUAAAAGGAAAAGCUAUAAAUACACCCGUUCUUGGUGAUUUUCGCUUGGGCAUCUUUUUGUUGCUCGCAUCAACAUGUCGGCGAUCGGAUAGUUGCGUCCUUUGUUAAAUGAAGGCGACAUAAAAUCGAUGGUAUUGUAAAAAGACGAGUUUGAGAAAGUAUAGUGGCGCCAUCGCUGACCAUUACGAAAUGACGGUGUUGUAAGGCACGGACCGAGUUGACGGGAACACGAACAUUAUGUGCGGAAAAGGGGGCAUAGUGUGUGCUGACGAAGGACGAUGGUUGGGCUUAGGCUAAUAACAAGUGGUUCCCAGCUUUCUGCCGCGUCUUUUGUUGCCAUUUUCAAUACGGAAAAGCGGUGAAAUUUUGGGCAUAUUUCGAUGGGAAAGGAGGGGAUGAUGAUGAUUGAAUUAUUUUGGGAAUUUCUCAGCUGAAUUUCUCAGCUGAAUCAUUUUCUCUUCCUCCCUCUCAAGACAUCUUUAGUUUUCCCGGUCUCGGAUCCGAAUUCUAUCAAUGCUAUCCGUAGAGAGGGAAUUUUAGAUAUUUUGGCUUGUAAUCCACUGCAAAACCUCCAUCGCGUCUGUCUCUUUCUUGUCGGAAGUUUUGCAUAUCUUAUUGAAAACUCCUUCAUGACUAAUUCGUGACAAAGUUGUCCAUUAUUCAUGUGUUGAGCCAUGCGGAUAUCGAUCUUUAGGGUUCGUUUAGCGGAGUCCCACUCUAAGCAUGACGUUUUAACUUUCACUGCUGAUUCGAUUGAACCUGACAACGUCAUUUCUCCGGCAAAUAUAUGACCAAUCGCGUUAUCAGCUAGUCUCAUGACUUGGCAGCGAGGUCUGCUGGGGUGAUGUGGACACGUGAAAUUUCUCCGAAUGAUUUAAUUGGAUUUCAGUUGUCUCUCCUUCAUCAAUGGCUGCUACAUCUUCCGCCCUGAAAUCAGAAUCUCCGAGUGUCGACAUUUGUGCGAAGGCAGCCGUCAGUGAAUCCGAUGCUGCGGUAAAGCUUGAGUGUGAGGAGAUCGCCAACAUUUGCGAUGGAAUUAGCGAUGAUUCCGUGACGUAAGUUCUAAUACUUUGAAGAUGUUACAAUCCUAAAAUCGUACAUUUUUCAGGGUUCCUGAGAGCACCGCGCCGACGACACUCGUUGCAGACGCCCCUGCCCCGGUGAAAAAAGCGAAUAGAUGCCAUAUGUGUAAAAAACGGGUCGGACUUACUGGUGAGUAGUUUUUCUCUUCCUAUACAACAACAAACAAGAAAGAUGAUUAAUUAACGUUUGUAUUUAUUUGCUUCGUAAUAUAUUCAAUGAACUUCUUCUGACAUUUCAAUUUAUUUACUGGCAGUUCGAACAAGAUGUAAUUUCCAGGUUUCUCGUGCAGAUGUGGAGGAAUGUACUGCGGAGAGCAUCGCUAUGACAAGGCGCACGACUGUCAAUUCGACUACAAGACGAUGGAGCGUGAAGCCAUCAGAAAGAAUAAUCCUGUCGUCGUGUCGGAUAAAGUCCAGAGAAUUUAAACAUUGCCUGCUUCUUCUCGGUGUUGUGCGCGAGCAUGAUUCAAUCUUCCCGCUCUUUUCCUGAUAACAUCUUUGCAACUAGUCAGAGGCGCUGUGUUCUUCCUAACACCGAACAUUUGUCAUUUUAUUCGAAUUAUGUUUCCCCUCUUUUAUUGUCACAUUUCAUAGACUAUUCAACCACACCAUUCUCCUCCUCAUUACAUGCACCUUUUUCUUCCUGUUCCCCUCAUGCUGUAUGUGGGCCGUCCGUUCUCAGUCCCGCGAGUUCUGGACGGUCUCGAAUCCCAUUGUACACACCACGUUUCGACUUGAACCAACUCGUAGUGUAUUUGUGAGCAAAUCUUGCAAAAAUUUGCUCAUUUGACUUAUUCUGUCUGUUAAUUGUCUUGGACUCUUGUGUACGUGUUUUUCAGUCAAACUGGAAAAUGUGUACAACGGCCCUAGUGUAUAUUUCCUGCUUUCCUUCUCUUUCCUCUCCUACUCCGAUUCAAAAUAAUGCUCGUUUUUGUAACUUUUCAAACAAACUACAUAAACGUUUUGGUGACGAUUGUUCGGUGCAGGUGAGGGAACAUUCUCCUCUCCUCUCUUUUCCUCUCUAUCCAAUUUUUAUUAGUAUCAUGCUAUUCAAAUCACGAACCCCCGCAAAACUAGGAAUUUUUCAAAUUUGGCGCUUCUCAAUGUACAUAGUGGGAGAGCUUAUGCAAUGAGUUGGUAUUUGUGUCUUCUUCCCCCGCACUUUCUUUUCUUCCUUUCUUUCUUUUUCUUCCGAAUAAAGUGUGCGUACUUGAAGUUCUGAAUAAUAACAGCGUGAGAACAUGAACGAAAAGAGGGAAUCGAACAGGCCAAUACGUAAAUGGAAAAGGAAGUCAUUUUAUUUUUUUAGUCAAUCAAGAAAGUCUGGAAAGUAAGCGAGAGAGAGAACGGAAGCGGAGUGAAUUGACUUCAGAAUUGCAGAUGUCUGCAAGUGACUCAUCGACGAAGGACUCAUCCACGACGGAUUCAUCCGAGAAGAGCGACUGGUUCCACGGGAUUCUGCAGAGACAGGACGCCGAAGAACUGCUACAGAAGCAGGGAAACUUUCUGUUGAGGGCCUCGGAAGUAAACGGUGAGCACGGCAACGGAAAGAAAGCGAUAACGGAGAGAUUCAGGCAGAAUGGCGCUGAUUCUGUCGGUGAGAAACGACGGAAAACUGCUGAAUUUCCCGCUUUUCUCGGACGGAAACGGCAGUUUUUGGUUCGAGGGACACCGCGAGAAAAGCGUGGACCGGCUCGUCCAGUGGCACAUGUGAGCACGUCUUCCGAACUGAGAUCAGAUGAGAUUCAGCGCGUCGAGCACUCCGAUCACUCGUUCCUCGGGCGCCAAACUCAAGUGUUCGGUCGGAAAACCCGAUUGGGCCAUCGACCACGAGGCCGUCAUUUUUGUGAAGAAACUCGGAGAAGGCGCAUUCGGAGAAGUGCUGUCCGCAGAUUGCGAUGCUCGCGAAACAAUCGGUCCGUGUUCAGGUUUCACUGGCCGAGUGCAAGAUCGGAGGACAGAAGGUGGAGGUGGCGGUGAAGACGAUGCGGACUCAGAUGACGAGGGAGACGCGCGCGGCGUUCAUGAAAGAGGCGCGGCUCAUGCGAAAAUACCGCCACCCGCACAUCGUUCGCAUCAUCGGUUUGUUCGGAUAAACCGAUUGUAGCAGUAGUUUUGAAGAUGUUGAAGUUCGCGCGUCCGUUUGUUUAUUGUUUAAAGCGGCGAAAUGAUAUAAACACGGGACCGGGUCAUGUGGGAAGCGAAAGUGUAAUUUAAAAGGGAAAUGGAAGGAAAUGGAAGAGUAGGAGGAGGAGAAAUGAGUCCGUGACAGGCUUCCGAAGGGGACUAGACCAUUCAGGAUUCACGUUUGAUAAAGAAAUCAAGGCCUGUGGAUAUUAUGAAUCAAAAGAGACAGAACAGAAUAAGUAGUGCCGAACUUUUCUAAUAACUUGAAAUGUAGUCAAACGCCUUUUCCAUAAGAACUCAUAUGAGCACAGAUACUUCAGGAUGCUUCGAUUAGUCUCGUACCCAGCAAAGUUGAGCGGAAGAACUCAACGGAAGAACACGAAAGAAUUUUUAUAUUUUUUAGAAAUUUUUUUCAUGGAAUGUGUUCAACUGACGAAAUUUAUAGCAAAGUGAACUCUGCUCAUAGAAAAAUAAUUGUAAUGUUAACUUUUCAUACAAAAAAGUUAUUCGAGUUGUUCCGUGAAAAUGUCCUUCCGUCUUCCGUUAGCCCUUUUUUCACGGAACAACUCGAAUAACUUUUUUGUAUGAAAAGCUAAAUUUACAAUUAUUUUUCUAUGAGUAGAGUUCACUUUGCUAUACAUUUCGCCAGUUGAUCACAUUCAUGAAAAAGUUUUCUAAACAAGAUAAAAAUUCUUCCGUGUUCUUCCGUUGUUCUUCCGCUCAACUCUGGUACCCAGUCAACAGUGGUACCCAAAUAGGAUAUUUGGUCCGGCUCCGUGAGACCUGGUUCUGAACACAGGCUUCAAACCGAAGUUUUAGUACCCCUCGUUCAUACACUACCAUUAUUAUCCAAAAUCGAAAUAAUGAGUAAAAUACAAAGGAAAGACUUUCGCUGUCGUGUGCAUAAGGUGCCGAAAGAUUUUGCUUUCGAUUUUUGAUGGUAUCGUCAUUUGUUUUAAAUGGGUUAAAUGAGAAGUAGAGUAUUUGAGUAUUUGAUAACUUUCUUGUUUCCCCAUGAAUCCUGAAUGUCCUGGUCUUGCACACAAGUAUUGGAAAAACGAAUACACUGCAGAAAGAUAACACCAAUGUACGCGUACGUUUAGAAUGCUUAUUUUCAGGGCUCGCCGUGCACGCGCAUCCACUUCUGAUCGUCAUGGAAAUGUGUCCACGUAAGCCACGUUAGCCCCCGAAAUCACCGCGGAAUUCUCUUCAGACGGCUCCCUUUUGUCGCAUCUCCGCCAGCACAAAAACAGAAUUUCUCAAUCGGAACGGCUCCGUUUCUGCAUCGAAUCGGCCGACGGACUCGCCUAUCUCGAGAAGAAACAGUGUCUGCAUCGAGACAUCGCCGCCAGAAACUGUCUUCUUUCCCUCACCGACGUGAGCUAUUUUCCCCAUGUUUUUCAAUUGAAUCCGUUCCGCUUCUGCAGCAAAUCAAAAUCUCGGACUUUGGACUUUCGGAUGACAAGCGCACUGAAAUGUUCGAUGAUACGCUCGGAAAAGUUCCUGUCAAAUGGCUGGCCCCGGAAGUGAUGCAGGACAAAUUGUACUCGUUGAAGAGUGAUGUUUGGGCUUACGGUCUGUGAAGCCGAGAGGAAAAGACGAAGGAACGGAGAGUUUCAGGAGUGCUGAUGUGGGAGAUUUAUGCGGACGGAAUGGACCCUUAUCCGGGAAUGACCAACCUACAGACGAGGGCCAAAAUCUUCUGUAACGACUACAGAAUGACGUUCCCAGAUGUGAGCCCUAGUCGCCAACUUUUUCCGACCUGGAACACUUCCAGAUUACUCCUCGAACGGUCUCCGAAGUUGCUUUCAAAAUGUGCUGGGCGAAGCUGCCGGAGAAUCGUGCAACGAUGGACUCGAUCCUUCGCAAACUGCGCGACUUCUCGCUGACGCUGUCCGAUUUGAGCAGCAGUUCGAAACGGAAUGAACCGAAACAAUAA